AUGCAGGAGUGGGAACCAUUCUUUCCCAGCGGACCAGACCGCAGGUACCAUCAAGCCUAUCCACGCAACUACCAUUUUCUUAUGGAUAACACAGAGGUUUGCAAGAACAAGAUCCCAUUCCUGGUCCUCAUGGUUCCAGUGGCACCAAAAAAUGUGGCAGCUCGGGACGCGAUCCGGCAGACAUGGGGCAAAGAAAACACAGUUCAGGGUGAGCUGGUACUCACUUUAUUUAUGUUGGGUGUCUCUAGAGAAGAUGAUGUUGAGAAGCUCAAACAGGAAAAUUUGCAGCACCAUGACCUGAUCCAGAGUGACUUCAUAGACAGUUAUCUAAACCUAACAAUCAAAACCAUGGUGAUCAUGGACUGGCUAACUACACACUGUCCUGCAGCAGCCUAUGCCAUGAAGAUUGACUCUGACAUGUUUCUGAAUGCUGACAAUCUAGUAAUCAUGCUAAAACAGCCGGGCAUCCCCAAGACAAACUACCUGACAGGGAUGCUUAUGUGGAACAGACCAGUCAUUCGUUCCAAGAACUCCAAGUGGUAUGUGCCUGAGGAAAUGUAUCCAGAGUCUGAAUACCCGACCUACACGCUGGUUAUGGGAUAUGUCUUUUCCAAUGAUCUUCCAGAGAAAUUUGUGGAGAUCUCAAAAUCAAUCAAACCCUUUAACAUUGAGGAUGCUUAUAUUGGGAUGUGCAUGAAAAAGCUUGGACUUGCCCCCACGGCACCACCAAAAGCCUCGCAGUUCAAGGACUAUAACUCUGCAUAUAAUCGCUGUGAAUUCUCCCAGGUCAUCACAUACAUUCUUCGUUCUCCUAAACAGCUCCUGGAUUAUUGGACAGACCUGAAAAAGCCUGGGCCACCUUGUCCUUAACAACUGAACUUUAUGUUAGAGUUUUAAUGUAUUUAUAGAUUGUUAUACACUACUGAAAUUAUU